GUGCUGACUAUUUGAAGAGCCUGGAACCAGAGGUGCAGGGGACCAUUACAUGUGAAAGCUCAGGUCCAACAUGCAGUUGGAUCUUUCGAAACGCGCAGAUCUUGGAUACCUCAAACAUGGCGGCGGUGCAUCAAUUUUGCUGGGCAGGAUUAAAUCGUGCUGGUGUUUAUGCAGAGAUGAUGCACACCCCUGCCUUUGACCGAAGACUUGCUCAUCUCUCAUGUUUCCCAGGAAUGGCAUUCUUGCUCUCCAUGUGUGCAAUUGCAGAAUCCUCAAGUUCAUGUGAAUCCACUGGAUCAGCCCCAAAAACCUCCAUGCAUUCAAUGCAUUCCGAAGAUCCUGCAUUAAGUUUCUUUAUGGUGGCCUUCAAGGCUUUGGCAAUGGUGAGCCAUUGUAUUGACGCAAGUGAUUGGCCCCUGACGGUGGCGGAGUUCUCCGCAAACUUUCAACUCUUUGUAGAGCACGGGCACAGCUGCGGAUUUCAGUGGAUGCAGCCACGACGUGGAUUGCCUUAUGUCAGUGGAGUUUCUGGACAGACUCUGCAUGAUGAGGUGCCAUCACAUCGAGGCAUUCAGAACCACGCGGAAGUGCAUAUGCGCAUCAAUUGGGCCAUGGGAGCCUGGGAUAACCGAAUGUAUUGGGAGGAGAAGAUGAGAAGAAAACCGGAGCAGCUUCUCAACAUGAAGCACAAAGAUCCGCAAGAGUUAUGUAGCCUCAUGACCAUGACGACUGGUCCUGAGCUUCGGGUCCUGAUUUUGGGCACUGGACCGGUAGCAGCCCAACCCCACUUUCAAUGCCCCCACGGUGGCAGCAUCUCAACGACCUCCUGCGACGCCUUUAGCCGCUUGUACCGGGAACUGGCAAAAGAGAGUCAAUUUCGACCGCCUUAUGGAUUUCCAGAGUAUUGUGAUGUCGAAGAGCUUUGGCAAUUUUUUCCAAAAAACUAUUUCCACGUGGUCUUUGUCAGCAAUGCAUUGGACCACACUGUUCAUCCCAUACGUGGCCUAAAGUUGCUGCUAUGGGUACUUCAUCCAGAUGGAAAGCUGCUGCUUCGUCAUUUCAGGAAUGUACAUCCAGAACGAUGGAUGUCGUUGUCUGAUGGGCAGCAUCAGUGGGGCUUCGAUGUAGACCUGGGCCCGAGUGGAUCCUUGACCACUUUGAUUUGCACUGCAUUGCACUGCAUUGCACUGCAUUGCACUGCAUUGCACUGCAUUGCACUGCUGCAAAUGAAUGUAAAUGACAUGUUUCUUAAAAUCUCGGCCUGUUUGACUAUACAAUUCCACACAAUUCCUGACUGCCGUGACUCUUCAAUUUCAAUCUCUGGGUCUGGGAGUGGUGCGCUGGUUUUCGCCGAGCCCAAAAACCGGAACUCUGCCGAACGCUGA